GUCCCGCGCCUGCUAAUCACAUGACAGAAGAACUCUGUACAUGUCAGUCAUCCAUCGAUAUAUCAAAACGAUUGAUCAGCCGGCUAGUCACAGAACCACUCACAGCAGCAACAGGAUAAACGAGCCGCCAAAACCACACCACACCACUGUGACGCAUCCAUCGGAUGGGAUGGCUGAGAGUCGCGUGUCAGGCCAGGCACCCAGGCCAUCCAUGGCAUGCAUUCACCAAAGACACACGCACGGCACGGCCCCCAGCCCCCCUCUCGGGAUCCGCCCUAGUCAUCGAAGAGGUCAUCGAUGGUGUCCGUCGGCCGGUUCGUGGCUGCACCGCCCCCUGCUGCUGCGGCUGCUGCUGCUGCAGGCGCUGACACGCCCCGGGCAACAACCGCACCACCCUGGUUGUUGGGGGCCGCUGGGGUAGCUGUGGCUGCGGGUGGGGCGGCUGCGUUUGUGUGUGCAUGUCGGUCGAUGUUCUUUUCUUGUAUCUGGUUGGCGUCCCGCGCCAUCUGCCGCUUCACCAGCUUCGCGUAGAUGCCGCCCAGCUCCACCAAAGACGCAUGGUUGCCCUGCCAUAACACACCACACCAGCCAUGCAGAUGGACACACAGCGUAGAGAGAGAGAGAGAGAGAGACUCACUCCUUCUCACCCACCUGUUCGAUGAUUCUGCCCUCAUUGACGACAGCGAUUUUGUGUGCGUUAAUGACGGUGGACAGCCGGUGGGCCACGAGGAUGACGGUGCAGCGUCCUUGCAUCUCCUUGAUGAGGUUAUCGAGGGCUUCCUGCACCUGCGCCUCGCUCUCGGCGUCAAGCGCCGAGGUGGCCUCGUCCAGCAGCAACAGCCGGGGCUUCCGAAGGAACACACGGGCGAUGGCAAUACGCUGUUUCUGACCUGCACACAGACAGGGGAAGCACCACAGAGGUGAGCUGUUUGUGGUGUAUAGUAGACUGCAUGCUCACCUCCGGACAGCCGGACGCCCCUCUCGCCUGCGCGUGUCUCAUAGCCGUCAUCGAGCUGACGUGAACAGGGAGGGACAGGUAGGUGCAUUGAUCCAUUUAUUGAUGGGCGUGGCGGUCGUCUUACCCCCAUGAUGAAGUCGUGCGCACAGGCCUUCUUGGCGGCAUCGAUCAGCUGAGCCCUGACGCACACGACACCACACACACACACGCACACACACACAGACAGGUCGGCAUGAGCGGCCCGGCCCACUCACAUCCGCACCUGGUGUAUGGUCUGUUGUAUCCAUAUGCGAUGUUCUCCUCGAUGCUAUUGGCGAACAGCUGUGUGUCCUGCGCAACCAGACCGAUCUGCUGUCGGUAGGUCCUGCAUCAAACACAAGACCAUGACAGCACAGGUGUCACCCAUUGGGCUGUUGAUCGAAAGUGUGAAGUCACCUCAGGUCCAGCCGGGUCAGGGGCACGCCGUCAACCAAAAUGGCCCCUGUGUGCGCGGUACAGGUGACAGUUUAUGAAGCAGCUGCCCCUCUCCCCGCUUACCUUGUUGUGGGUCAUAGAACCGCUGGAGGAGGUGGAUGAGGGUCGACUUGCCCCCACCAGACCGCCCAACGAACGCACACACACUGCCGCCAGGAAUGUCCAAAUCUGAACCACACCCACACACCCACACAGACACACACACAGAGACACAUCUGCUGCCGCGUCUUUCAUUGGGCGUAGGGUCAUAUCUUACCGAUGCCGGAAAGGACGGGCUUCUCGGGCCUCAUCUGGUAGGUGAAGACCACAUUGUCAAACCGCAGGUUGCACUGCAUCGUGUCACUGCACACACACACACACACACGCAGUCCACACACGGAAAGAAAGAAGACACCAUUCCUGUGUGCGUUGUGCGUGCUCACGGGUUGAGUACGAUGCCUGUGACCUCAGCCGGCCGGGUGCCCUCGAUGUCAGGCUGGCAGUCGAGGAGUUGGAACACACGCUGGGCCGCGGCAGCCGCACGCACCAGGUUGUUGAUCACGCCAUUUAGCGCUUUGUACGCCCCGUUCAUCAUGUUCCAAUACAACUGACAACACACAGACACACGGGAGGAUGAACAGCCUCAUCACUCCUUCCCCAAUUUGUGUUACCUGGAACGUGAUGAGGCUGCCGAGUGACAGCUCCGCCCCGUGUGAUUGCAGCACCACAGACCCGCCAUACAGCAAGAUCAGCACGCCGGUCGCAAAAUCGAGGUACUGGGUAAAGGCGAACGUCCCAGCCGAGACGAACGCAUCCUUCAUGCCCUGCUUGAGUGCCUCGGCGGUCGCCCGCUCGUAUCUGGAGAUCUCGACGUUGUCGGUCCCGAAGGCACGCACCGUGCGCAGGUUGCCGACGGACUCGACGGCGACGCUGUUGGCCUCCGCCAGGGCCUGCCAGAUGCCCCGGUUGACCUUGCGAGACCACCUACACACAAACGCGUCAAGAAAUGGCUCUGUGCUCAUCAUCAUCAUCAGCAGCACACACGCAGGGCAGGGAAUGAGGUAGUCUUACCGAGCGUACAGCCCGGUGAGGUAUAUGAUUGGCCCGAUCGACGUGAAGGCCAGGACGGUCAGCUUCCACGAGGUGUAGCAGCACAUGACGAGCCCGCCGAGCAGCAGAAUGAGAUUGGCAAAUAGAUUGUUCAUCAGUGUCCGGCAGGGCUGCACCAUGGCUUGCGCGUCCUGGGUCAUCCGGGAGGUGAUCUGACCUGUGAACCAGAACGAGGGCGGGAGAGGAGAGAAUGGACGGCAUGGUCGGCUGUGAUGUUGUGCGUGCCUUCUCACCUGUCAUGAGGCCAUCGAAGAAGGCCACAUCUUGCCGCAUAACGCUCUGGAACAGCUCGUUCCUCGUGGCGUUGGAUAGCCGCCGAGCGACGAUCUCAACUGCAUCAUCAACCAUCCACACACACACACACACACACACACCUGCAUUGCAUCGUUUUUGCUGGCUCUGGCCCUGGUGUGUGUCCGUGGCACCGACCGCAGAGCCCCUGUAUGCCGCCGAAGAGCCCCGUGAGCACGCUGAGCAGGGUGUACAUCUUGAUGGUGUUCCAGAAGUCUGUGUGGUGCUCCUGUAUGACGCUGUCGAUGAUGCGGCCCUGGUAGUGCGGCAGGUUCAGGCUGCACGUCUGCGUGAUGGCCACGCACAGACACGCUAUCACCACGAUGUGGAAGAACGGGAUGGUCAGCCGGAUGGCGCGCACGAAGUACGAGAAGGUCGACAGCGUCUUCUCUUCCUUUGGACCCUGAGAGGAUGGGAUGGACGAAUGGGUGGAGGGGAAACACACAUUCAGCGCCGCGCAGAGAGCACUGCCUCCUGACCUUGUCUGAUCUGAGGAGUCCCUCGUUUGCGCUGCUGCCCUGCUUCUUGUAACACGGGAUACAGCAGUCAAAGUCGCAAACCUUGCACCGGUAGCUCUCGCCCCGAAUCCGCGAACGACACACGUCACACCUGCAGACCACCCACACCCACACCCACACCCACACCCAGAUCCACGGCCACUUGCUGCUCCCUCUCGUGUCUGAGCUGCUCCUCCGCCUCAUGCUGUUGACUUACAUGUGCGACCGAGCUGUUUCAUCAAAGAAGAGCCGAUGUGGGUGCAGCUUCUGUAUGAGCACUCCCUCUAUCUUUGUGGUGGCUCCGACAGCCAUCUUCGUCAGGAUGAACUCCAAGUUGAUCAAGAGCACUGUCGCGGCCAUGAGCAGGCCCUGGACGGCAGGAUUUGAGAAGCUGAAGGUGACGCACUUGAUGCCCGUGUAGAUGGACAUGCCGGUCACGGUGAGGAACAGAGCGCCCAGCACAAGGUUCCGGUUGACCUUGUCUUGCUUCUCCAGGUGCAGCUCGUCCCUCUUCUCGCGGAUCUCUGCCAACCAACAAACACACCACAGCAGACAUGAAUGCAUGCAAGGACGGGGGCGUCGUCCUCCCAGCCCCUCCCAGCCUGUUUCCGCACCUUGUAAGAUCCGGAUGGUAGCCUCGCUCGCCCGUGCCGGCAAUGUCUGUGCGCUCGAUGAGGUGUCAUCGUUGAGAGCGCCGCCGAAUGAAGGCGGCCCGCUGCUGGCCCCCGCCGUAGUGGAGCCUGAAACCACGCUGUUGCCAUUGAUGCCGUUGACUGUGGGCAGGAGGGGCUCGGCCUUCUCGGUGUCGGAGAAAGGGGCCACAUAGGCCGCCUUCCGCCGCCGCCGCCACGUGCCCGCAAGAACUAGACAACACACCCAAUUAGACAGUCAGGGCGAGAGAGGACACACACAGACGCAUACAGCAAGUCAAGCAUGUAGAUGCGUGUGGAUACUUUUCUUGCUCUCCUUACUUGCCCCAAUGCCUCCAGCUACAAUCAAGACAGCACGCAAUAAGGCAAGAAUCAGUAGCUCCCCCACAUCGGUGAAGGAGCUCUGCAUCAGCAAGACGAUGCUUGCGAUGACGUCGACGGUGAUGACAAGCACCGCAAGGCCGGCGUAGAGCAUCGCCUUCGUCCGCAUGUUCUGUCGCGGUUGGCCAACCGGGGUCCUCGAACAAGCUGUUGCAGUGAAGAAACACCGUCUUUCGACUCAGGAACACGUGCUUAUGCUGCUGAGAAAGGCAAACACGCUUAUUGACCGUAUCUACAUCAG